AUGUUGAUGCGGUUGAUGCUCCUGACGCUCCAUAUGCGCAGUGACGCAUUAUUGGCUCCACCCACAAUGCAACACAGACAAGGGAACCUCCAAGACAAGCAAACGCUCUAGCGUUACUAAAUUAAACUGACAUUACACCGAGGAUUAUCUGACUCUGAGGACACCGAUUCAGCGACACCUUUUAACUCGAACUCGACGAAAUUCGACAGCGAUCCUGAGAAAUUUGGAUUAUAUUUCGCUGCCUUCUGCCUCUAUUACACUAUAAUAAGAGCAGCGGCGUCCUUACAGCAUUAUUUUUUAUCCAGGACGAUUUUACAAUCCAGUUUUUUUUCGGUGAUAUUUUUGGCUGCCGAUUGUUUGAUAACUUUAUUACGCAAUUUGUUUAUUUGGCUGAUAUUACAAUCAGCUAUACUUUCCAGCCAUUGUCCUCGACGGGGAAAGAGCGACGCCCUCAGGCCGCCGCUGGUACUGCAGCUGCCGGUGAGUUGUAAGUGAGACGCCGGGAGUCUGAAUCAUUUAACGGUGGAAAAUGAGCUCAGAAGAGGCGGCAGCUCCAACCAAAACCGGCACAGACGACGAUGGCAUGUCCUGGUGGUACCGCUGGAUCUGCAAACUGGCCGGUGUCUUGGGUGGCAUAUCAUGUGCAACAAUGGGCAUUUGGAACUGUGUGACUGUGAAUCCGUUAAACAUCGCGGCUGGAGUUUGGAUGGUGUUGACGGCGAUUGUGUUGUUCCUGUGUGAGGUGCCCUUCUGCUGUCAGUUCGUAGAGUUUGCGAAUGCUAUAGCGGCGCGUGCAGACCGUCUGAAGCCCUGGCAGAAAGCCCUGUUUUACUGCGGGAUGGCGUUGUUUCCCGUCUUUCUGAGCUUUUCCAUCACAACUCUGUUUGGUAACGCCAUCACUUUUGCUACAGGAGUGCUGUACGGACUCGCAUCCCUUGGAAAGAAAGGUGACGCGGUGAGCUACGCUCGAUUGCAGCACCAAAAACAGGGCGACGAAGAGAAACCGACAGGAACAACAGACGGUUCAGUGCCGUGAACCUCCUCUACCUCCGCUGCAUCCUUCCCUCUCUUUUUCCCUUCACAUAACUACAUGCAUUACCUAGUGUAACCUUUGACCUCUGACAGCGUGAGUCAGUCAGCACAAAUCAGUUUGUGUAGGAUUUAUUUAAUAAAAUGGGUUUUAAAGGGUUAGUUCACCCAAAAAUGAAAAUUCUGUCAUUAAU